AUGUCUCAGGCGAGACAUUUCUUCAAGACCAAGGCUGCUCGCGAUGCCGUUCGGCUGCUAGCUUGGGUACCUGUAGGAGUAUUCUUUACCAGGCAUGUGUAUUCAUUAGCCACUGUAAGCGGAGGAAGCAUGCAGCCGACAUUCAACCCAGAAUUGUCGUCAAAACCGCUUGAUAAGGAUGUUGUGCUCCUGGAACGGUGGUCUGUAGCUAUGCACAGAUACCAGAGAGGUGAUGUUGUAACUUUGUGGUCACCUCAAAACCCAGAGCUCUUGACGACGAAGCGGAUAGUUGCACCAUUACCACCAUUACCACCUACGCCUGUUCGUAUACCGCCAGGGCACUGCUGGGUCGAAGGCGAUUCAAAGUAUCAGACUAGAGACUCGAACACAUAUGGCCCUAUACCUCUCGGCCUGGUCACUGCCCGUGUGUCACAUAUACUAUGGCCCUGGAUAAGGGCUGGGGAUGUCCUCAGUAGUAAAGGCAAAUCAGAAGGGAGAGUCAAGCGGCUAGGCGAAGAAUACAGGCUUUGA